AUGGCCGUCAAGUUUCCUGAUAACUCAAGCACUUCUUCUGAACCUCAACCUAAUACCAAGCGGAUCAAACUGAGUCAAACCACAGAUGCGACUGCUUUUGGUUCAUCCGACCUACUUACUUCGGUUGCUCCACGCUUGAAACAAGAAUACGAAGAAAGUGUACCAUACCAUCAUGCUGUACUACAAGACAUCUUCAAUGAUCAAAUUCUUCGUAAUGCGCGAAAAGAGAUUAAAGAGAAUUUAUGUUUCACACCCAAGGAGACUGAUAUAUACAAAAUCUUUCAAACAGGAGAUCUAGCUAACUUGGAUGGAUUAUCGGGUGAAGAGACUAAUCAACUUCAACAUGUCAAGUUGAUUCGAGAUAGUCUCUACUCUGAGGAGUUCAGAAACUUGUUACAAUCUGUCACUUCAUGCGGUCCAUUAUCCGGAAAACAGACUGAUAUGUCUAUCAAUGACUAUCGCCAAGGCUGUCAUUUGCUCAAUCACGAUGAUGUGAUCAGUACCCGCCGAGUUUCAUUUAUCCUCUACCUAACCGAUCCUGAUAAUCCAUGGGAAAUGAACGAUGGCGGAUCCUUAGAGCUCUAUCCAGUUGAUCCAAAGACCAGUCAACCUUUACAUACUCCAUCUAAAAAGAUCUUACCACGUUGGAAUCAAUUUGUUUUCUUUGUGGUACAACCUGGACAAAGUUUUCAUUCAGUUGAAGAAGUUUACACGCCUAAGAAGAAUCGACUGAGUAUUUCAGGUUGGUUUCAUUUUCCUAAUGAAGGUGAGAAGGGAUAUGAAGAAAGUUUGAAAACGAAAGAGGAGGAAGAUAAGAAAUCCGAAAGCUUAGGGGCUAGUCUUCAACAACUUGUAAACUUUACAUUCCUUAACGAGCCGAUUGUUGCCACUGAGAGCGCCUUCCUCACCGACGAUGAAUUUUCCUUCUUGUCAAAAUAUAUCGACCCUAGCUACUUGAAAGCAUCUGAGCUCGGCAAAAUACGCAAUAAAUUUGUCGCAGAAUCGACCAUCAACUUGAUCGAAUUCUUAGACUAUGGAUUCUCGUGCGAUCUUAAAAGUUCAAUCCUUCUCAAUGAAGCUCGUGAUUUGGUCACACUUUCGAAUUCAAAAGCGUCAGACCUUAAUCCACCAGAGUUUAGAUGGGUAGUAGCCGGUCCACCACACAAACAUCGUUAUCUCAAGCCUGAUCCCAAUACAUUAGCACUCAAUCCUAGUACUCAAAAGCUAAACAAGUUGAAGGAAUUGUUGGAAUCUUCUAGUUUUCUCAAAUGGCUAAGUAUCAUCAGUGCUUCUGAAAUCUUGGCCCAUAAUGUUGCGCCACGUAGGUUUAGACCCGGUUUAGAUUAUACUUUAGCCACUGCCAACAGUUCACCAAUCUUGGAACUUCACCUUUCACUUACUCCUUCACACGGAUGGGAAGAUGAAGAAUUAGGAGGAUGGGAAUGUUAUAUGGCAUCAACUGAAGAAGACGAAUCAGAUCCUGCUAUUUAUAAUGCUCCAAAGAUGGAGGGAUCAGAUGAUGGUGAUACGAACUUGUUAACCAUUUAUCCCACUUGGAAUUCCUUCCACCUCGUUUUGAGAGAUUCAGAUAUUCUUACUUUUACAAAGUAUGUUAGUUAUAAGUCUCCGCAGAGUAAAUGGGAUAUCAAGGCUACUUAUCAAGUGCAGGAUGAUGAUGAAGAGGAGAACGAGGAUUGAUAUGGUGUCCACUAUGACUGUCUUUAAUAAACUACUUUCUUGUCAAGCUUCUUCGUAGUCUUGGAGAGGUAUGAAAAAUGUAACCUGUUCACGACCUAGACUC